AUGUCGCCUGAUGAUGCGCAACUCUUGAUUUGUGACUUUUUGAAGUUGCUGACCACGGAUUUUGCAGAACGAAUGAAAAACGAUUUGGAGAGAUUGAAUAUCCCCAUGUCGAAAGGGUUUUUUUUUUCGUGUUCCCCAAACAAGAGGAGCAGUCUGAGUUUAGACUAUAUGGUACUGGGGCUACAUGUGAACAAAUCGAUCCAGCGCCAUAACUUCCAAAGCAUGUACUUCCAGAAAGUUGAUCUUUACAUAUGCCGCAGGUUUGGCAGCAAAGGCAAGACGAAAAAGAGGGCCCUUUUCAUAGAGGGCGUAAUUGGCGUAGUGAAGGCCGAGGUGGAAUGGAAUGUCAAGAACGGGGCAACAAUUCCUUUCAAAGUGGAGUUCAGAGAGAAGAACUGCGGGCCAUGGUUUUGGUUAUUGAAGUAG